AUGUGCCGCCAUUGUGGGAAAGGAUUCAUUCAGUCAUCCCACCUACAAACACACAAUCAGGUUCACAUCAAGAAGAGGCCGUUCUCCUGCUCUCUGUGUGGGCAGCGAAUCAUCGAUGCAUUCCACCUCCCGAAACGCCAGCGGGCUCACCUGGGGGAGCGGCCGUUCACCUGCUCUGAGUGCAGGAAGGGAUUUGUCGAUUCUUACACCCUGCUGACCCACCAGCAGGUCCACAUCGGAGAGGCGCCGUUCACUUGCCUUACGUGCGAGAAGAGCUUCAGUCAUGUGGGCAAUUUGUGGAGGCACCAGCCGAUCCACACCAGAGAGGGGCCGUUCACAUGCUCUGUGUGCGGGAAGGGGUUCACUCAGACAUCUGCACUGUCAUCUACCAAAGGAUCCAUAUCAUGGAGAGGGCGUUCAUCUGCUCUCAGUGUGGAAAGGGCUUCACCCGCUCUUCCCACCUGCGGAGCCACCAGCGAGUUCUGGAAUUUUUUGAGGAUGUAA